AUGGAUGCAGAGCAGCUGAAAACGUGUCACCGUGAAAUUGGUCACAUUGUGUUUGAUGCUAAUGAGAAGAUUACUACACGACGAAUUAGUAACACGUGGAGUUUGGAUAGUAAACAGUCUUUAGAAAUCCUACAGAAAUGGGUUGAACAGCAGAAAGAUGGAAAACAGCUUUCGUUCGAGUACGUCAUUCGUGGGAUCGAUAAAAAUGGAAACGUUUUUAUCACUUUAGCAAAUGAGCAGAAGACGGAAAAAGUGUGUCAAAUGUAUCCAAAGUGCUCGAAAAUAUUGUAUUCCGCGGAGAUCGCGUCGGACGUCAGGCCGUUGAUUGUAUCGAAUGAUAACGAGUUCAGUGCUAUGAAUAUACGGUUGAAUUCUGAAAAACGUCAGCUUGAUCAAAGUGCCUCACAACCAGCUCAAACCCAACCUCCAGCCCCAGUGAAACAGGACCCGAAACCAGCCAAACCGAACAUGUUUUCGAUGGCCAGUAAACCUCCGGUGAAGGAGGAAAAACGUUCACCACCGUCAACGCCGGCAGUUGUGAAACCGGAACCGAAAGCGGCAUCACCAACAAAACCUUCACCGAAAAAAGAGACAAAGAAAUCCGUCACUACCGGGAAGGGUGCUAUUUCAUCAUUUUUCUCCUCCAAACCUUCACAAGCUUCUGUCUCAAAAGCUCCCAUCAAACAGGAACCACAAUCUCCCGCUCCGACUGCUGCAGAAAAAAAGGAAAAGGAAACGAAACCGGAACCAACGAAAGAGGUGGAAAAAACACGCAAAAGAACUAUCACCGAUGAUGAGGCUACGGAGGAAGAUGAGGAUGUUAUACCCAACACGCCCCAGGAGGGGAAGAAGCGAAGCGAUAGCAAAAAGCGUACUAGCAAACCAAUGUUACAGCGCAAAAAGCCAUCCAACCCGUCGAAAAAAUCUCGCAUCCUGCAAAUUUGCGAUUCAUCCAGCGAAGAGGAAAUGGAUGGGAAGGAAGCGGCCGAGCAGCGAAGGGAGCGUUUGGUCGAGUUUGAUGAGGAAAUGGCUGAACCGGCGACAGAGCAGGAAGCAGUCCGGAAGUCGCUUUCACCGGAGAAGCCCGUCGAGAAUGAUUCGAACAGCGUGAACCGUAAUCGAGGCAAGGUUAAGAAGCUGAUCACUAAAACGUACACUGAUGAGAAGGGCUAUUUGAUCACCGUUAAGGACUACGAAAUGGUAUCGGAGGAUGAGUCGGCGGCUAAUGGAAUGGAAAUAGACACCGGUACACCAGUGGUCACAAAGGCUAAAGCAACGCCAAGCCAAGGGAAAGCGUCCUCCGGAGGGAAGAAGGAAACACCACCAACACCGAAAACAAAGCAAGGUUCAAUUAUGAGCUUUUUUGCGAAGAAGUAA